AUGCAAACUAAACCAUGUCCUCGCAAGAAAAGAAACUACAAAAACUUGUCUCUCGAUAAUUCACCGUUGAUAUCCAUUCGGCUUGCGGAAACCUCGGCGAAACAGCAAGAGUAUGACAAGUUGUACAAAGAACUCAACGAUCUCGAGAUUGGUCUCGAACUUCGUCUCGAUCUACGUGCCGAAGAUCUCCAGACCCUGGAUGAACUGGGAUCUGGCAAUGGAGGCACCGUAUGCAAAGUCCUUCACAUGCCUACCAAAACCAUCAUGGCGAAAAAGACGAUAUACCCGCAAUCGCAGUUAGAUGCUCUUGAUACCCCGCAAUCACUGCCAACGUCGCAGUUGUUGAAUCGCCUCCCUCCUAUGCCCAUUCAGCCACCCUCGUCCCGAGGUUUAGCCGUUCCUUCCAAACCUGCCAAAUCCGUAUCAUACCACUUGCCGGGAUCCAAAGUCGAUCCCCCGCCUAACAGUACCGAUUUCUCCACGCAACGGCACCCGAUCCUUUGUUCCCCCGAGAAACGUCCCGUCGUCAACCAACGAAUAUCUGUGCGCAAACAAAUCAUGCGUGAAAUGCAGUUCCUGCAUGACUGCAAUUCGGAACAUAUCGUGAGCUUCUAUGGGGCUUUUAUGAGCGGUGAUGACAUUUCCAUAUGUAUGGAGUAUAUGGAUGUCGGUUCCUUGGACCAAAUCUACAAAGCAAGUGGUCCCAUAGAAAUGGAUAUACUGAAAAAGAUUGCUUAUGCGGUGGUCGAUGGUUUGAUGUACCUUUACGACUGUCAUCGUAUCAUUCAUCGCGAUAUCAAACCAUCCAAUAUUCUUGUUAACUCUGCUGGGCAAAUCAAGCUUUGCGAUUUCGGCGUCUCGGGGCAACUGAUCGAUUCCAUUGCCAAUACCUUUGUAGGCACCAGUUCCUACAUGAGUCCUGAACGCAUUCUUGGUUCGCCUUAUUCGGUGAAAUCGGAUGUGUGGUCGAUCGGUAUCACCCUGAUGGAAUUAGGUUUGGGCCAAUUCCCUUUUCUUUCUGCAAAGUCACUUUCCGUUUUCGAAUUACUGCAUUAUAUUGUCAAUGAACCUGUACCCGCGUUACCGCCUCAUCAAUACCCUGCUGAUUAUGAACAGUUUAUAUCGAUGUGUCUUGUCAAAGAUGUCGACUCACGUGCAACACCAAAAGAGCUGACGCACACGGCGUAUUUCCUGUCAGCCCAGGAACUCAAAGUGGAUCUUCGAGCUUGGGCUCAGAAACACAAGCAAUGA